AUGAAUGCAAAUGUGGCUGGUCUUGGUGUUAUUGGUCGUGAUCGUUAUGAUGUUUAUCCAUUAAAAGGUAAGACUUUACCUUUUGCUUUUUUUUCUAGUCUUCUUACCAUUACCAUAUUAUUAUCUGAUAACAAUGAUCAGCUAUUAUUAACAUAUUCAAAUGAAGAUGGUAUCAAUGGAAAACAAUACAAUACGUUUUUAUCAAUAGCUACUUUUGUUAAUGACGGAAUGGUAUUCAAUGCUGAAAAUUUAAUCAACGUGUUAAAUGAUUUCAUCAAGACUUCUCUUAAUGAUGUUGAAACAUGUCAAAAUGAUAACACUGGUAAAGAUGGUAACGACGGCAAAGGCGGUAACGACGGCAAAGGUGGUAACGCCGGUAAAGGUGCCAUAGGGGACAUUCUAACAUGA